UCCCCCUCUCCCUGGUGGUAUGGUAUCUCUUUCCAUGGAGACAUAAAAAUUGCACCUCCUUGGCCAUGGUAUGUCUCCUCUCCCUGCCUCUCUCUCUCUCUCUACUAAAACCUCACCUCACCAGUGAGUGAGUGAGUAAACCUCACCACCAAUCCACCUACUAGUCUUGCUUGCAGAGUUGCAAGCAAACUAUCUUGUCUCUCACUAGCCUUCCAACACAAGCAAGAACCGAGAUUAUCUGCAUGUGGCACGCCAACAUUUGAAGCUGAUUCUACAGCUGAUCUCAUCUCUCUUCGGUUUUGUUGAUUACGUAGUAUAGCAGGAGCUGUGUACUUGCCUGCUUUCUCAGUACAGUGUCAACUGUCGAAGUGGUACAGUGAGUUGAUUGGUUUGUAGAGAUGCCUCCUGGUGUGAGCAGGAGGAGAUGGAGGAGGAAGCCGGACGUGGCGGCGCCGGCGCCGCUGCUGUUGCUGUGCUGCGCGGCCGUCAUGGCGGCGUGCAUGGGCGGCGCCCUCGCCGCCGACGCGCAGGGCGCGGCGCUGCUCGCGUGGAAGCGGACGUUGCGCGGCGGCGACACGGCCCUGGCGGACUGGAACCCCGCCGACGCGUCGCCGUGCCGGUGGACGGGCGUGAUGUGCAAUGCCAAUGGGCGGGUCACUGAGCUGAGCCUGCAGCAGGUCGACCUGCUCGGCGGCGUGCCGGACAACCUGUCCGCCAUGGGCGCCACGCUGGAGCGGCUGGUGCUCACCGGCGCCAACCUGUCCGGGCCGAUCCCGCCGCAGCUCGGUGACCUGCCGGCGCUGACGCACCUCGACCUCAGCAGCAAUGCUCUCACCGGUUCGAUUCCGACGAGCCUCUGCCGGCCGGGGAGCAAGCUGGAGAGCCUCUACGUCAACUCGAACCACCUCGAGGGGGGCAUCCCGGACGCCAUUGGCAACCUCACGGCACUGCGCGAGCUCAUCAUCUUCGACAACCAGCUCGACGGCACCAUCCCGGCGUCCAUCGGGCAGAUGGCCAGCCUCGAGGUGCUCCGCGGCGGCGGCAACAAGAACCUCCAGGGCGCGCUCCCGCCGGAGAUCGGCAACUGCUCCAAGCUCACCAUGCUGGGCCUCGCCGAGACCAGCAUCUCCGGCCCGCUCCCGACGAGCCUCGGCCAGCUCAAGAACCUCGACACGCUGGCCAUCUACACGGCGCUGCUCUCCGGCCCGAUCCCGCCGGAGCUCGGCCAGUGCAGCAGCUUGGAGAACAUCUACCUGUACGAGAACGCGCUCUCCGGCUCCAUCCCGCCGCAGCUCGGCGGCCUCAGCAACCUCAAGAACCUGCUCCUGUGGCAGAACAACCUCGUCGGCGUCAUCCCGCCGGAGCUGGGCGCGUGCACGGGGCUCGCCGUGGUCGACCUGUCCAUGAACGGCCUCACCGGCCACAUCCCACCGUCGCUCGGGAACCUCUCGUCGCUGCAGGAGCUGCAGCUCAGCGUCAACAAGGUGUCCGGCCCCAUCCCGGCCGAGCUGUCGCGGUGCACCAACCUCACCGACCUCGAGCUCGACAACAACCAGAUCUCCGGCGGCAUCCCGGCCGAGAUCGGCAAGCUCACGGCGCUUCGCAUGCUCUACCUCUGGGCCAACCAGCUCACCGGCACCAUCCCGCCGGAGAUCGGCGGCUGCGUCAGCCUCGAGGCGCUCGACCUGUCGCAGAACGCGCUGACGGGGCCCAUCCCGCGCUCCCUCUUCCGGCUGCCGCGGCUGUCCAAGCUGCUCCUCAUCGACAACACCCUCUCCGGCGAGAUACCGCCGGAGAUCGGCAACUGCACGUCGCUGGUCCGGUUCAGGGCGAGCGGCAACCACCUCGCCGGCGCCUUACCUCCCGAGCUCGGUAAGCUUGGCGGCCUCAGCUUCCUGGACCUCAGUACCAACAGGCUCUCCGGCGCCAUCCUGGCGGAGAUCGCCGGCUGCCGGAACCUCACGUUCGUCGACCUCCACGGCAAUGCCAUCACCGGCGUGCUGCCGCCAGUGCUGUUCCAAGGCAUGCCAUCAUUGCAGUACCUCGACCUCUCGUACAACGGCAUCGCCGGCGCGAUCCCGUCGAGCGUCGGGAUGCUCGGUUCGCUCACCAAGCUCGUUCUUGGCGGGAACCGGCUUUCCGGCCAGAUACCGCCGGAGAUCGGCUCGUGCUCGCGGCUCCAGCUCCUGGACCUCGGCGGCAAUUCGCUGACCGGCGCUAUUCCGGCGAGCAUCGGCAAGAUUCCGGGCCUGGAGAUUGCUCUCAACCUCAGCUGCAACGGCUUGUCUGGUGCGAUACCCAAGGGGUUCGCCGGGCUGGCGCGGCUGGGCGUGCUCGACGUGUCGCACAACCAGCUCACCGGCGAUCUCCAGCCGCUGUCCGCGCUCCAGAACCUCGUCGCGCUCAACAUCUCCUUCAACAACUUCACCGGACGCGCGCCGGAGACGGCGUUCUUCGCGAAGCUGCCGACGAGCGACGUGGAGGGCAACCCGGGGCUGUGCCUCUCGCGGUGCCCCGGCGACGCAAGCGACCGCGAGCGCGCGGCGCGGCGCGCCGCUAGUGUCGCGACCGCCGUGCUCCUCUCCGCUCUCGUCGUCCUCCUCGCCGCCGGGGCUCUCGUCCUCUUCGGCCGGCGCCGGCAGCCGCUGUUCGGCGGCUCGAGCCCCGAUGACGACAAGGACGCCGACAUGCUGCCGCCGUGGGACGUCACGCUGUACCAGAAGCUGGAGAUCAGCGUGGGCGACGUGGCGCGCAGCCUCACGCCGGCGAACGUGAUCGGGCAAGGCUGGUCCGGGGCGGUGUACCGCGCGAGCAUCCCGUCCACCGGCGUCACCAUCGCCGUCAAGAAGUUCCGGUCGUCCGACGAGGCGUCCGUCGACGCGUUCGCCUGCGAGGUCGGCGUGCUGCCACGUGUGCGCCACCGCAACAUCGUGCGCCUCCUCGGGUGGGCGACGAACCGCCGGACGCGCCUCCUCUUCUACGACUACCUCCCCAACGGCACCCUCGGCGGCCUUCUCCACGGCGGCACCAAUGGCGCCGCCGUGGUGGAGUGGGAGGUGCGGCUCUCGAUCGCCGUCGGCGUGGCCGAGGGCCUCGCCUACCUCCACCACGACUCCGUUCCGGCGAUCCUCCACCGCGACGUCAAGUCCGACAACAUCCUCCUCGGGGAGCGCUACGAGGCAUGCCUCGCCGACUUCGGCCUCGCCAGAGUCGCCGAGGACGGCGCCAACUCGUCGCCUCCGCCGUUCGCCGGAUCGUACGGAUACAUCGCUCCUGAGUACGCGUGCAUGACCAAGAUCACGACAAAGAGCGAUGUGUACAGCUUUGGAGUCGUGUUACUAGAGAUAAUCACCGGAUGCCGACCUAUAGAGUCGGUGUUCGGCGAGGGACAAAGUGUGGUGCAAUGGGUACGCGAGCACCUCCACCGGAAACGUGACCCGGCAGAGGUGAUCGACUCUCGGUUACAGGGCCGGCCAGACACCCAAGUCCAAGAAAUGCUACAAGCUCUCGGAAUCGCCCUGCUAUGCGCCAGCACGCGCCCUGAGGACCGCCCAACCAUGAAGGACGUGGCGGCAUUGCUACGUGGCCUCCGAAACGACGACGGCGCCGAGGCCCGAAAGGCUGGGUCCGGGUCCGCCACAAAGUGGGCGGAGCCAGCUAAGCUGACAGCCCUAGCCCGCCCGGCCCAGGCCCAGGCCCAGUCCCAGUCCAGCUCGCUGGCCUACUCAACAACCGGGAGUGUGUAGUGUACAUGUAGCCUAAUCCGGAAUGGAUCAAGUUUGAUCGUGUCAACACAUUGCGCCGUGAUGUCUGUGACAUUGUGAGAUGGAGAGUGACCAUGUCGUCGUUGAGCUCACGCCGGAAGAUCGACGGCGGCCCGCCGCCGACGAGAAGCCGGCAUGAGCAAGCUGGGGGUUCCAUGGAAGUCAUGUGAUCGGAGAAGGCAAGGUGGGGAAGAAGAAGAAGAGGAAGACGCCAUCUUGCAUCAAACAAAGCAACAAUAAUUCCUCCUCGUGUACCAUAUACAUAGCAUUAGCUGGUGCAAUGCAUCUGGUAUUCUGGUGUAUGUAUGUAUGUAUGUAUAUUAAACCCAGGGUAAUUAAUAUCUUGGUAAUCUAUGAUCAAAUGAUUGUGUUGUUCCAGAUUAGUGUCCCCGUUGUCGAGUCGCGUUGGGUUUUUUUUGGCUGUUCCUGCGCGUGGCUCGAGCACCACUGUACUGCUCUGUCGGUCUAGUGAUCUGUGGUUGCCUGCACCUAGACCGGCAUGAGAUUUCUCUU